AUGGGCUGGGUUCCGUUCAGGCAGGGAGGCAAGAAAUUCGAUGCUGAUAAGUUCGAGAAGGAACUUAAAGGCCUCUCCGGUAAAAUCACAGCAAACGAUAAGAAGCUGAUUAAGCUCAGGAGAGACAGAGAGACAUAUAUGCGAGCGGUUAUUUUGUAUCCGCUCUCGGUAUAUUUUGCGUUUUUGGCCUAUAUAUUCUACUUGAGAAGUGAUUGGACCGAUUUGAGUUGGUACGAAUGGUUGGCAGUGGUCUUGCUCCCUGUUGGCUUCGGACAUCUUCGCAAGUUGAUUGGCAUGUGGUAUGAUCGUACUUCGAGGAUUGUGACUGGGAACCUGGAAAAACUGAGGGAAGAGCAUGAAGAAAAAAUCCAGGAGCUUAAGGAGCAAUCUCGGUUCGACCGUACUGCUGAACUGUUGAAAAGGUUUGGGACAGGAGAGGACAUUGCUGAAAUGGAAAGGGAGAAAGAAGAGAUCCUGAAGACCAGAGAGGAAUAUUUCAGACUUCUUGAGCAAGGUGAGUCUCAGAAAAGUGCAAUAGCCAAAAUCGGAGGACAAAGUGGUGGGUCCAACUCGGUUUACGAUGCUUUCGUGAACAUGAUGAUAGGACCUGAUGAGACCAGUGCCGAACAGAGAUACGCCUUAAUCUGCCAAAAAUGCCACAGACAUAACGGGCUCGCCCCUCCGGGAACAUUCCCACAUCUGGUAUCUUAUGAGUGUCCUGGUUGUGGUACCAUGAAUGGCGCAGUGUCAUCUCCAAAGAGCGACCUGGUGUCUACUCCGUCAGAGAUCUCAGAAGAGGACAGAGAAAGAGAGGAUGAGAUAUAG